GCACAACAACCAAAUUAUACUAACAUGUCCCAAGCCUUACAAACACUUGCCCACGAAGUUACUUUCGUCCCAAAUAUGCUAAACGUGAACGUUGUAGACCAGUUAACAAUAAUUCAACGAUCACUCUCAAAUUUGACUGAUACGGUCACAAAUUUGACUGAUACAGUCACAAACUUGUCUAAUACAGUCACAAACUUGACUAAUACAGUCACAAACUUGUCUAAUAGAAUCGAUGGUUUGACCAUCACUAUUCAAGCAACGGACACGCGAAAUCUAGCAAGAAUUUUUAACUCGCGCUUAUCCAGUCCAGACUUACAAUUGGAAAUAGUUCCGGACAUGGCUGGUAAUGUCCCACAAAACUAUCCCCAAUCGAUCACUGCAUUUCGGGAGAUGACAGACCAUAGUUUAAACUCUCUCAUGGCAUUCUACGGGUUGCCAACUACUGGUACUGUUGAGGCUCAACGAAAACGAUUUGCAAAAUACAUAGGUGUCCAAUUAAUUUAA